UCUUCACAUGGUUUCAAGGGUUCGUUACUGUGGUUCUUCAUAAUAAAAGUUUUAAUGGACAACAGGAAGCGACUAAAGGAAGCAUUCGUCUUUACUCUGCUGAUGGUGUCAGUGAGUGUCCUCUUGAUAUAUUUCCACGCUGAGACAAAUCGACAACAUCCGGGAGGUCCAUCAUUCAGAAUACCAAAAGUAAUUUAUGGAGCACAGAAGGCUUCGUCACCCGAACCUCACUGGGAGGUCCCAGGACCGUAUCAUGUGGCCUAUCCACGGAACUACAAAUUCGUCAUGGACGACACCCAGACGUGUAAAAACACAACUCCGUUUCUGAUCUUGAUGGUUCCUGUUGCUACCAAAGAUUUCCAAUCCCGGAAUUUAAUCCGAAGGACAUGGGGAAGGGAGAAAAUAGUCCUUAAUAAGCUGGUUGAGACAAUCUUUGCUGUGGGCUUACCUGGAGAAGGGGAUGCUCAGCAGCUGACGGAGACACUUAAACAGGAGAGCAUGCAGUAUCGGGACCUUAUUCAGAGCAACUUCGUGGACAGCUAUCACAAUUUGACUAUCAAGACAAUGGUCAUGAUGGAGUGGCUGGCAAAGUACUGUUCCAAAGCUUCCUUCGUUAUAAAAGUCGACUCGGAUGUGGUAGUUCAUGUGAAUAAUUUGGUGAAACUGUUGCUUGCUCCUAACACACCUAAACAGAACUAUAUGACCGGUCUGGUAUGGUGGCACAGUCCAGUUUUAAGAAGUCCAUUCAACAAAUUUUACAUGCCCCUAUCAGUGAUCUCCGAACCAGAGUAUCCCCCCUAUCCUCUGGGCAUGGCUUAUGUCAUGUCUCUGGAUCUUCCUCCAAAAAUCUUAAACGUCUCACUUCAAAUUAAACCCAUUUACAUAGAAGACGCCUACCUGGGCAUGUGCCUAAAGCGCCUGGGUAUUUCUCCCACCGACCCACCUGAGGAAACGAUGUUCCUCGUCAACCCUCAGCAUCCUCUGAACAGCUGCACCCUCUCCAAAUUGAUCGCCACGACAACAACAAGUGUUUCACAAGUGAGCUGGUACUGGCAUAUGAUCAAAAGAGGAGUCUGGUGUUGA